AUGCCCGCGGGCUCUCCCGCACUCGUACGCCGCGACGGCAAUACGAGAUACUCGAAUGGAUUCUACAACAAACUCUUCUAUAUCCUCAUCGCCGUCCUCGGCGCAUUUGCGCUCGUCUCCCUCCUCAACUAUGUGCGCAGUAGGAGGCGACGCCUCAUUGUGCUCAGAGAGGCGGAGCGCCUCGGCCUCAUGGUCCCCGGCAUGACCGGGUACGUGCCGAUGCGCGAGCGCCCCGCCCUCCGCAAGCUAGACGGGUGGCGCACCCCCGACUGGUGGGAGGUAUUGGAGGAUGCCAAGGCCAGCAGGGCCAAGCGCAGUCCCCCACGCACUCCAUCAUCACCCAUCAAGGAGAAGGGCAGCGUGCAGCACGUCGAAGAUCUCUUCUACGAUGCAAACACGUCUGCCAACCUCUACGACACCAGCACUUCCUCUGCAUCAGAACAAGUACGUACCCAGGCCGGUACACUCGUGCCGCCAGAACCUCCACAACAACAACAACAACAACAACAACGGAAGCCAACACCACAGCCUCAGCCACCGGCUCCGAACGCACACGCACCAGACGCCGAGUAUGGUGCCCGUGGGCAGCUCGAGCUUGGAUCCAUAGAGGACCUGCGCCCUCUCGCCCUCAUCCCCGUCCCGGUGACCGUCACCGAGCCCGCUAAACCGAUCUCCCCUAUCCCCUACUUCCCUAAUUAUGUGUCUUACCUCAAGACAGCACAUGACCCCAAGCCGCCCCGCUUCUCGCCAGAAGACGAUAGCGCCUUCGACUCCAUCAUCGGCGAGCCGCUCGACGUCGUUGUAGCGGUGCGCAUGCCGCGUCCGCCGCGGACGCGCGUGCUCGACCCCGACGAUGACGACGCCGUCAUGGAGGAGUGGGGCGGGCUAGAGUUGGGUGUCGCCAGCUGGCAAGUCGUUGGAUCUGACAGAUAG